GCCCAGGCCAAGUGAAUCUGGCACCCUAGGCCUCUGCCAGCAUCGGGGAGAGCCCCCGGUGGACUCCUGGCUCCUCACGACAUCCCAGCCUGUGAUGCCCCGUACCCCCAGGACUGCAGGGACCCUCCCUGGGGUGGCUUAUGCGGUUCCAGCCCUCCUGUCCCUGCUGGUUGGCCUCAGCCCUCAGGUUGCAGGGAACGCCAUUUGGAGGAGACUGACUGAGCUGCACCUUCUCCUCUGUGUUGCGGGGGCCAUUUGGUCUGGAGGGUCCUGGGCCCGCCACACCCACUGGGACCUCUUGAACGAGGAGGAAGGCAGGGAGCUGUUCGGCCUGCUGAUCGUUGCCAUGUGGAUGUCUCUCUGCCACAGCUCAGCAAAAAGCCCUGUGGGUGGAGGAGCCCGUCUGGCUGUCGCUGUUUCCAUCGCUCUCUGCCCGGUCAUGCUGUGGGCCUACAUUUACGUGAACAAGGAGAUGCGAGCCUCGUGGCCUGCCCACUGCAAGGAAGUCUUGUGACUGCAGUUGGUGAUGUUUCAUCCACUGAACUCCAACCGGCCAUGUCACCCCCUGCCCAAAGGCAGGGGAUGUGUCUACCAAUUCCACUAUAUUGUAUUCUCCCAAGUGCUUAGUACAGUGCUGUGUACGCAGUAA